AUGGAACUCCAUCUUGAGGAAAAUAAAAUUAAGAAUACUUCUAGUGAUAGCAAUAAUGAAAUUAUAAAUAAUGAUGAAAAUGAAGAUUUCUAUGCCAAUAGGAAUAAUGAAACGAAUAGUAUAAAUAGUAAUAAUAAUAAUGAUGAUAAUGUUACUAAUAUAAAUAAUAUAAAUAACAACAAUAAUAAUAAUAACUACAACAAUAAUUAUAAUAAUAAUACUAAUAAUGCUUUUUUUUCUUCGGAUGCCUCCUUUUACACAUUCACAAACAAGGAUUCUAUCAAUAAAGACGAUGGAAUGUAUGAAUUUAAAUCUCAAGACGAAAACUAUCUACAUGGAGAAGUAAGCUCGAAUGAAUAUAAAGAUGCAAAUAAUGAUGUUAGUGAGGUAGAGGAUGAUGAAUAUCAUAAUGAAAAUAAAAAUAUUAUAAUCAUAGAUAAUAAUUUGUCUAAUAAUUUAAAUUCUACUUUUGAUGAUAAGGAAAAAAGUGAAACUAACAACAGGACCAAUAUUAAAGAUGAAUUAGCUACUACAGCUACGAUAAUAGAAGAUUUACAAUAUAAUGAUAUAGUAUAUGAGAUAGAGAGUAAUAAAAAUUAUAAUCUUAACAGUGUAAUGGAUGUGAAUGAAGAACAUGUAGAAGAAAAGAACGAUGAGAAAGGUUCAAAGUUAUAUGAUGAUAAAAAGGAGAAUUACAAAUUAAAGAAUGAUCACAAUGAUGACAAUAAUAAUAAUAAUGAUGAUGGUGUUGUUGUUAGUGUUGAUGCUAGUGUUAGUGUUAUUGCGCAGGCUGAUGGAGAAGAAAGUCUUCCCAUAAUAUAUAAUAAUAAUGACAUCAGCACUGAUGAGUGUAAUCAUAAUAAUAUUAAUACAAAUCAAAAUUUUACCUAUAAUAAUCUAGAUACAAUUAAUAAUGCGUCCUAUAUUAAUAAUAACGAUAUAGUCAAUAUAAAUGCUCUUAACAAUGAAACAAAAAAAAAUAUUUCCAAUGAAGAAUGUUGUGAAAAAAAUAAGGACGAAAUCUUUGAAAGUAUCAAUGAACCUUAUGAUGAUAUGAACAACAUAUAUAAUGAAAAUUCACAAGAUUUAUUAGACCAAAAUUAUAAAGAAGAGAACAAUCAAUACAUGCACAAAAAUUAUGAUAUAAAAGAAAGAACUGUAGUUAUUAAGAAGGAAGAAAAGAAAAUACCUCCUGUGUCAAAUAUGUUUGAUAGCCUUUCAAAAAUAAAGAAACAAGUAGAUUUGUUGAAAUCAAGAAAAGAAGAAAAUAAUCCUAAAGGAUUCAAAAGAGAUAACAGAAAAAGAAGAAAACCUAAAUAUCGUUUUGAAAAGGAUAAGGAUGGUAAUAUAUCUGAUUUCUUUAUGGUAUGCUCUAAUGAAUUAAAAGGAAUAAAAAAGUGUAAAAAAGUUGGUUUAGAUUUAGAAAUGAUUAAUGUAACAGAUAUACAAUUAACUUAUCAUUUUGUUUGUAAAGAACAUGAUACAUGUCAAGGAUCUGUUUUAGUGAUCGUAGAUAUUAUUAAUAAUAAUAAUAUAGAGAUAAAAGGAAAAGGACCUCUAUGUAUUAAUUUCAAUGAUUUUAUUGAUGAGAAAAAAAAAAAUACAGGAAAUCGAUUUAAAUGGGAGUAUCUAGAUGUAUGUGGAAAUAUACAAGAAGGAAAAGAUCGUGCUACAGCUAUGGGUUAUAAAUAUUUAAAUAGUAGUGUAACAGGCAAACGUUAUGUAAGAAAUUUUGUUUGUAUUUUAAAUGCUCAAUGUAAUAGUAGAUUAAGAAUUAUAAAAGAUAAUGAAACUGAUAAAGUGUGGUUAGAAUUAUCUGGUAUGAAUCACGAAGAACAUUGUCCAUAUAGUCCUCAUUCUGUUGAAGGAAUGUUUUUAAAUAAUAAAAAAAACAAGAAUCAAAUCAUUAGUAGUUUAGGCAAUGAUAAAUUUUUUACAAAUAAUAGUAAUAUCUUAAAUGGUGUUAUCGUGAAUAAUCCUAAUGUUAUGAAUACAUCUCAUCCUUUUAAUAAGAUGAAUUUUAAUUAUCAUAAUAUGAAUGCAGGAUUGAAUAAUUUUAAUUCAUUUAAUAAUGGUAAUUAUGCAUUUAUUAAUAUGAAUUAUAAUGAUAUGAAUAGUUGUGUGAAUAAUAAUAAUAAUAAUAAUAAUAAUAAUAAUAGUAGUAGUAGUAGUGAUCCUAAUAAUAAUAGUAAUCAUAAUAUUAACAGUAAUAAUAACUAUAAUAAUAAUAAUAAUAAUAAUAAUAAUAAUAAUAAUAAUAGUAAUCAUAAUUAUAAUCCAUAUUUUAUGAAUAAUUAUAUGAAUAAUAAAAAUCAUCCUUUAUAUUUAAAUUCAAAUAAUAAUUAUGGAAAUGAUAUGAAAAUGAAAAUCCUACCCCCUUACAUGCAUCAUUUUAAUAAGGCUAUGAAGAUUAUCCCGGAUGUUUCUUCGUGUAAUAUGAUGAGUCUAUCAAAUGGUAAUAAUAAUAUGAAUCAUAUGAAUGAUAUGAAUAAUAUGAAUAAUAUGAAUAAUAUCAACAAUAUGAAUAAUAUCAAUAAUAUGAAUAAUAUGAAUAAUAUGAACAAUAUGAACAAUAAUAAUGGUAGUAUUGUCAAUCUAGCAAACAACAACAAUAUGGAUAUGUCAAUGAAUAGUAAAACGUUAUAUAAUUUAUCUAAGCUUAGCACUACUUCAAAUUCUACUUCUGAUUCAUCUAAAAUGAGUCUUAAAAGAAAUAUCUGGUAUAACAAUAGAAGUAAUAGUGUUAAUAGUAGUGUAAAUAAUACAUUGAAUAGUAAUAUUAUAAGUAGUAAUAAUAAUUCUGAAAAUAUGUUAUUACGUUCGUCUAUAAAGAAUACUCCAAAAUAUAGUGCUCUAUAUGCUUCAUCUAAUAGUAAUCAAGAUACUACUAUGAAUAUAUCUAAUAAAAAAAGUGUAAUAAGAAAUCUGAUAUUAAAUACUCAGGAUCAAAAUUUUGUUCUCAACAAUAUGUACAGUAAUAAUAAUACUACUACAACUAACAAUAGUAAUAAUAAUAGUAAUAAUAGUAAUAAUAAUAAUAGUAAUAGUAGUAAUAAUACGACCAGUGGUGCAUAUACCUAUAAUAAUUAUAUGUCAAACUAUGGUUAUAUGAAUAUACCUACAAACAAUAAUAUCAAUAUUAAUGAUAACAAUGUAGAAUUUAAUAAUGCUGACAAAAAUUCUGUUACUGACAACAUAAACAAUAAUAUUAAUGUUAAGGAUGUUCUUACCAACGUGAAUAUGAACAAUACUAUGUAUUAUAAUAAGAAUAUAGUAUCUAAUAAUAAUGGAAAGGAUUUAAGAAAUAAUUUUUAUAAUAAUUCAAAUAUAGAUUUAAAUAAGAACAAUUGUUAUUCUAUUGAUAAUAAACAACAGCUAGCUAAUUCGAAAUUUGUGAAUAAUAAUAUAUAUCCCAAUUAUAAUAAUAUGAAUGAUAUGACAAACAACAACAAUAAUAACAACAACAAUAAUAAUAAUAAUAACAACAAUAAUAAUAAUAAUAAUAAUAAUAGUGAUUAUGGACUAAAUAAUGUAAAUGUAGCGACACCAUUAAGUUGUGGAAACGGAUCUGUGAUGUCUCAAGGAAGUUCGACAAAUAAUAUAAAUUAUAAUGUAAGAACAUAUGAAUCGAAGAAUUUUAAUUCCUAUCAAAAUGGAAUCAUAUCAGAUAACAACAAUAAUAAUAAUAACAACAGCAAUAGUAGUAGUAGUAAUAAUAGUAGCGGUUUAAUUUAUUAUCCUAAUUAUGAUAAAAUAAAAACAAAUGCACCUAAAGGUAUAUUGAACGAAUAUAAAAUGGUCAAAAAUUUAAGGUCAAGUUCAAAUAAUUUAAAUAAUAAAAAAGGAAGUAAUACUUAUUAUAAUAAUAAGACUAGCCAAAACGCAUAUCAUAAUAACACCAUUUUAAAAAAUUCGUCCUUAGCAAGUUUGUCAAAUAAUUCGAGUAUGAUGAAUUAUAACAUGAUUAAUGAUAUGAAGGAGGAAAAUAAUAUGAACACUGCUAAUAUGUAUACAGGUUCAAUAGGAAGUAACAACAACAAUAAUAUUAAUCAUAAUAAUCAUAAUAAUAAUAAUAAUAAUAAUAAUAGUAGUAGUAGUAGUACUAAUACCAUGUCUCCAAAUGGAUUAUUAUAUAACAAUAUGAAUAUUAUAAAUAACAACAAUGUUGAUGAAUUAAACGAUAUGAACAAUAACAAAGUUGGAAUUUCUCCACAUCAUUUAUUAGAUAAUAAUUCUUUAAUAAAAGAAGAAAUGAAUUAUAAUAAUGAUGAUAAUAAUAUGGUAUCACAACAUCAUAAAGUUUUUAUAACAAAUGCACAUGAAAAUAUAUUAAAAGAAAACUCAGAAACAUUAUUAAAGCAUAUGUCAAAUGACACAAAAAUGGACGAUAACAAUAAUAAUACACAUAUGGAUGAUAAGGAUUAUAACAAAAAUAAUAUCCAAUUAGAUUUUAAUAAUAACAACCAAAUGGAUCAUUCUAGGAAUAGUAGUGGUUCAGAAGAUUUUACUAAAAGGAAAUAUAAAAAAAUCAAUAAUAAUUUUGAUUCUAAUAAUGAUCAUUUAAAUGAAGAAUUUAAAGAUAUUGAUAAUCUUGAUGGACAAAAUGAAGACACAGAUAAAUUGAGAGAUAUGAAUGGAAAAUAUGAUGAAAAUAAUAUUAUUAUAGAUGAUAUCAAUUCGAAAGAAAGAAGAAGUAUCAAUGAAUAUAAUAAUAAAUGUUCUUCUACAGCUGCUUAUAAUGAAAUGAAACAAUAUGUCGAUGUAAAAGAUACUACUAAUAAUAAUAAUAAUAUGUUAUCUAAUUAUUUAAACAUGACAGAUGAUAAUAAUACUAUUAAUAAUAAUAAUAAUAAUAAUAGUGUAUACUUAAAUGAUGAUAAUAUUAAAAGUAGUGAUAAAAAAAGGAAAUUUUUAAGUAGCUAUAAUGAUCCAAAUGUUGAUGAUAUGAAUAAUAACAUAUCUCAUCAUGUAGGUGUUGAUUAUGAUAAUCACGUAGUAGAUUCAUUUAAUAAUUCUCCAUACAUGUAUUCUUCACAAAUGUAUAAUAAAUAUAUGAAAUCAAAUAAGUAUGACACUUGUAUGAAUGGAAACAUGGAAAAUAUAAAUGGUAACAACAGCAACAAUAAUAAUAAUAAUAAUAAUAAUAAUAGUAAUAAUAAUAAUAUCAAUUCUGUGUCUAGAAGAGAUGAUCAUUUACAACAAAAUGGUAUGAAAAAUAAUAACAAUAAUAAUAAUAAUAAUAUGAAUAGAAAUAAUGUAUCUGAUAAUGCUAACAACAUAAUAGAUAAUGAUUCAUAUGAUAAAACUAAUAAUUCUUCUAAUGGCUCUAUAUAUAAAACCAAUAUACAAAAUAUGGUGAACAAUAGUAAUAGUUCAGCUACUUUAAAUAAGUGUGAUUCAGUAAUAAACCAUGAUAUGAAUGUUUCAAAAUUAAAUUAUAGCAACAACAAUAAUAAUAAUAAUAAUAGUAAUAACUCUUGUGGUGUUGCAGGGGGUACUAUGGAUUCACGUUAUAAUACGGCAAAUUCUUUGAUGAACUAUAAUAAAAAUCAUUAUGAAGAUGGAAAUGAUCUCAAUAAUAUGGACACAAAUAAUAACAACAUCAACAACAGCAACAACAACAAUAAUAAUAAUAAUAAUAGUAGCAGUAAUAAUAAUAAUAAUAAGAAUCUUAUCAGUAGAGAUAGUUUACAAGAUAAAAUUAUUUAUAAUUCCAUGAAUGAUUAUAAUGGUACUUACCCAUCUAACAAUCCUUAUGGUAUACAGAAUAAUGAUAAAAGUUACAUGUACCAAAAUUAUAAUACUACAUUAAAUAUUCUGAAUCCUAAUGAAAACGGUGAUAAUAACAAUAAUAUGGUAGGGGCAAACGUAAUGGAAAAUUACAAUAAUAAUAAUUUAUAUAAUAAUAAUAAUAAUUAUUUAAAUAAUUAUAUGAAUCCUACAGAGAAUAUAAAAAAUAUGUCUAAAAAUAAUAAUAGUUCAUUUAAUACUUCUUUACAAAAUAUAAAUGGUCCUGAAGGUACAACAAAUAAUACCGUUACACAACAAGCUAAUAAUUUAAAUAAUUAUUCAAAUUUAAAUACUAAUAAUAAUCUUACUGUGUUUAAUUGUGAUUUGGCUAGUAAUCAAUAUAAAAACGACCUGACUUGUUCAUACAAUAAUAAUGGAACAGCUAGUAAUAAUUAUUACUAUAUGAAUAAUGGAUAUGACAAUAGUAGUUAUCAGUACAACGUAGCAAAUGGAAACAUGAUGUAUGAUAUGAAUAAUCGCAAUAUGGAUUCAUCAAAUAAUCAGAAUGAUUAUUAUAAUCAAAAUUAUUAG